GAGAGAGAGAGAGAGAGAGAGAGAGAGAGAGAGAGAGAGAGAGAGAGAGAGAGAGAGAGAGAGAGAGAGAGAGAGAGAGAGAGAGAGAGAGAGAGAGAGAGAGAGAGAGAGAGAGAGAGAGAGACUGAGACUGAGACUGAGACUGAGACUGAGACUGGAAAUCAGGCGGAACAUAUCAAGGGGAGGGUCGAGUUUCAACUGUGACUGAAUAAAAAAUAAGUCAGCGAGAGAUUUGGGGCUGCUUUAAAACACCGAAAAGAGAAUCGACAAUAAAAGAGAUCAUAGCAGCUGUCUUCCGAAGCCUCCGUCUGGAUCGUCUCGCCUGGGUACAUACGGGAAGGCAGAUUUGAGGAGAAGCAACAGGUCAUUUUUUUCUGAAAGUAAUUUUACGCCUUUUUGUGCUUUGGCGAGAUCUAUGCAGGGGUGAGGCAACAAAAAACCACAAGAACGAAGUCAGCUAGAUAACGCAAUUUCAAUUGGAUUGCUAUUGCAAUGAUAACUGGCUUUAAAAGUAUAUCCGUUUUGCAUUCAAAUAUAGCCUUUUCGAUUAAUAUUGGUGGAUAUCAACAACACAAGCGGAGAAAGGUGAGAGAUAACGAACCGACUUGAAAUUAGAAAGCAACAAGGAUGAAAAUCUCCUGUACAGAAGACUACAGAUCUGGAGUUACGUUUGAAUCUCAAGGCGUGUACAAUCUCAUAUAAAUACUGUACUACAGAUGCAAAAAGGGUUUUUUAUUAUUAAUUAAGGAAAGGGAAUCUGCAUGCUGUAGGUGUUGACGGUAACUAUCGAUUCUUCAGCGCAGUUGAGAAAUUCGAGGACUUGUUUUGAUUAGUCACAUUUAUUUCAGUCGCCAUCAGGAUCAAUUAUCAAUGACGCAAGGACAGAUGAUCCCAGGUAGCCCCCCUGACUCCUGAUGUAAUACCCCCCGAGCGUCUCUUUGAGUUAAAGGAAGGGACACUUCAUACAGCAGGUGGGAGCAAACUGAAGAGCACAACACCGGGACAGGGCGACCGAUCCAUCGAAAUCUAUGAUCAGUUCGGUGUGUGUCUCAUCUUACCGAGGGCGCAAGUCUGGCAACAAGCCUCCAUCCAAAACAUGUCUGAAAGAAGAAAUGGGACGGGGACAAGAUUCAGAAAAGAUUAUCAUCAACGUCGGCGGUACCCGGCACGAAACCUACAAGAGCACCCUUCGGACGCUGCCAGGCACCAGGCUGGCAAAGCUGGCCGACCCGGACCCCCAGGGCAACUUGGAUUUCGACACUAGCGACAAAGAGUUAUUCUUCGACCGGCACCCGGGGAUCUUUGCAUAUGUUUUAAACUACUACCGGACUGGCAAACUCCACUGCCCGGCCGACGUCUGUGGACCGCUGUUCGAGGAAGAACUGGCCUUUUGGGGGAUAGACGAGACCGACGUGGAGCCCUGCUGCUGGAUGACGUACCGCCAGCACAGGGACGCUGAAGAAGCGUUGGAUAUCUUCGAGCCAACAGACCUGGACGAUGGGGAUGAUAGCAAGGACGUGCCAUGGCGCCUGGCUAUUGAUGGCUGCCCAGAUCGAUCACGAGGCUGUUGGGAGGUCUUGCAGCCUAAAAUAUGGGCCCUUUUCGAAGACCCUUACUCGUCUAUGGCAGCCAGGGUCAUUGCUUUCGUCUCCUUGUUCUUCAUCGUGGUUUCCAUCACCACGUUCUGCCUGGAGACACACGAGGCCUUCAACCGUAUCGUGAACCGGACGGAGUACCUGAACAGCACGUACACGCUCACCUACCUGGAAGUGGAGACGGAGCCCAUGCUGACCGUGGUGGAGGGCGUCUGCGUGGUCUGGUUCACCUUCGAGUUCUUCAUCCGCAUCGCCUGCUGCCCGGGCAAGCUGGUCUUCAUCAAGAACCUGCUGAACCUCAUCGACUUCGUGGCCAUCCUGCCUUUCUACCUGGAGCUGGGACUCAGUGGACUGUCGUCGAAAGCGGCCAAGGACGUGCUGGGCUUCCUGCGGGUGGUGCGGUUCGUACGCAUCCUCAGGAUCUUCAAGCUGACACGGCACUUUGUGGGGCUGCGAGUGCUUGGCCACACUUUGAGGGCCAGCAUCAACGAGUUCUGUCUCCUUAUCAUCUUCCUGGCUCUGGGCGUCCUGAUAUUCGCCACCAUGAUCUAUUACGCUGAGAGAUUGGGUGCCAACGCCAACGACCCCACAGCCAGUGAGCACACUCACUUCAAGAACAUCCCCAUCAGUUUCUGGUGGGCGGUGGUGACCAUGACCACCCUGGGCUAUGGGGACAUGUACCCCCAGACCUGGUCUGGCAUGCUGGUCGGGGCUCUGUGUGCCCUCUCAGGAGUGCUGACCAUCGCCAUGCCCGUGCCCGUCAUCGUCAAUAAUUUUGGGAUGUACUACUCACUGGCCAUGGCCAAGCAGAAGCUGCCCAAGAAGAAGAAACACAACCCCAACGCCAACAUCCAGCUGGAGAAGUCGGAGAUCAGCUCCCCCCGGAACAGCACCCAGAGCGACACCUGCCCACUGGCGACUGAGGAAGCAAUUGGGAGGAACCGGUCAGAUUCAAAGCAGAAUGGCGACGCCAGCGUGGUGCUGUCAGACGAAGAGUCUGGAGGGCUGACCAAGCCCCUGUCGCCUGACGACAAGUGGCCAACGCGCUCCGGCUCCAGGGGGAAGAGCAAGAAAGAAGCCACCUGCUUCCUGCUGACAGCAGGAGAUUUCUCCUGCGCCACUGACACCAGCGUCCGAACAGAUACAGGCAACCGGGAGAGGAACGGAAAGGAAAACUUCCUGUGAGCCACAAGGUCUGCUGGCGUUUCCCAUUAGCGGGGAGCCCCGUAAUGUGUGGUUUAGAGCCCAGCUAUGUUCACUACACAACAUCAGGGAGUGCUUUAACACAUGCUGUGCAGUGCUCCCCCCAUUUUUAAACACUUGUGCUGUGGUUGUGGCUCUCAUUAACCUUUAUAUGGAGGAACUCGUAUAGAAGUAAUCUCUUAACUUUGGCUCCUGACAGAUGCUUUAUAAUGGGAGGGGGCAGUGUAACGCAUCAUGCUAAAAGAAUGAAAAUGAAAACAUCUGGAAGUGUUGCUACAUUUGCAGAUAACAUUCCCAGAAGUCCAAGCACAGACAUAUAUGGUAAAAGAAAACCCAUAACAUGUGUUCAGUGUUUCAUAACGAUUUAUUAGACAUGAUUCUGGGCGAACGAUCUCAUAACAAGUUGUCAAGGCCUUCGCUGUGAAGGGUUACUGGUAGAAAUCCAAACCAGUAUUGCGAAUGAAAGAAACUUCUCACUUGUGAUAAGCUGUGCCAAGCUGUUUAUGAAAACCCUGGCACCUUUUAAAAUGAGUGCAGAUUCCAUUUAGAAAGGGAAUUAAAACAUGUCAUCCCAGUCCCUCUUCAAUAUUAGACAUUAGAAGACAUUUUUAUUGAGUAGAAAAAACAUCGGCUUUAUGAAUUGGCACCAAAAAAUAAAUAAAAUAAUGUAUAAUAGAAGAAACUGACCUGUGCUAAAUCCUCAGUGCUUAACAAUAAUGCAGAGUAAUUUUGGCUGCCAAAGUAAGCAUGAAUAAAAUGAGUCCUAGAGGAUCGCUUUGACACAUAAAAGCAAUAGAACUACAUGUGUGUGCGCGUGCGUGUGCACGUGUGUGUGUGUGUGUGUGUGUCUCGUUCUACUCUCAUAUGCAUGCAUUAAGAAUUCAGUAAAGCUCCCUUCCACAGUCAGGUCCUGUAUUUGGAUACAAUUAUUUUUAUUUUUUUGUAGCUAAACAAACAUUCCUCCAGACACCUUUAAUAGGCCAGUCUUAUCUGUGCUUCACAACAUGAGAGCAGAGCUGUAUAUGGUCGAUUCCUGGAAGCUGCUAUUACUUGGGUACAGGAUUCGGACAAAACUCAUUAGCAAGAUAAUAGAAAGACAAACAAGCUGCUGAUAAGAGUGCUGGUAUCUCCAGUCUGCAGGUCCACCACGGGAGAGACAUUAGCAGCUAUGGAAUACGGAAAAUCGUGUGCGAUGAUAGCAUUAGCAGCUAUGGGAUACGGAAAACCCUGUGUGAUGAUAGCAUUAGCAGCUAUGGGAUACGGAAAACCCUGUGCGAUGAUAGCAUUAGCAGAUAUGGGAUACGGAAAACCCUGUGCGAUGAUAGCAUUAGCAGCUAUGGGAUACGGAAAAGUCUGUGCGAUGAUAGCAUUAGCAGCUAUGGGAUACGGAAAAGACUGUGCGAUUAUAGCAUUAGCAGCUAUGGGAUUUAUGGUCUGUACUUGUAGAUCUAAGUGGUCAUUUAAAUCAGAAGAUGGUUAUCUCAUAUAAGUGUUUCGUAGCCUGUAGGGUCAUUGAAAAGAACUGUCCUGAUUACUAUACGUUUAUAUACAGCGCAUGCGUGCUUUCACUGUGUAGCAUGCAUGAGAGGACGCAGUACCGGGUACAUCCGUUUUCAUUAAGAUAGCUAAUUCCUAAUGCGAAACCCAGCCCUAACAAAACAGCAUAUAUUCGACUUUAUUCAUUCUAGUUUUGACUGCGUUGCAUUGAAGGGGAACGAAGGCUGAAUCAGACUUUCUUUUAUAUAAAAAAGGAAGACGUUAUAUAAAAAGCAUGUAAAGUGAAGCCCUGGUUAUUUCACCCAAGGGGGCGGGCUCGUCGUGGAUGCAGCCACCCUCAUUCGUGGACCAACUACAGAACCCUGUAAACAUUCAGGAAGUAUCCUCGACAUAGCCACAACACGUUUGAACCUGCUUCCUCUGCACAUGCACCCCGAUCAAAAGGAUUAAAGACCGGGCACUUCUUUUUUGUGCUUUUCAAAAAACAUUCCAAAAGAUAUUGCACAGAGUACAAAGAGCGCCCCCUAAGACCAGAGCGACACUAUCCAUGUUUAAAAUACAGAUUUCCAAGUGAUAUGUGUACAGAAAAAGAACAUGGAUCAGCCAAGAACUGAUUUGUACGAUUUAUAAAUAUAUAUAUAAAGCAUAUAUCAAUGUUUAUUUGUAUUCUUCUCAUAUGUAUAAUAGCAAGGGCUGUAACAUAACAUAUUUUUUUAUUUUUCUUAACGAUUCUAUUUUUUAAAUGCAGAUAAACUGCAAAGACACCCUCACUUCUAAAUAUACACAGAGGUCGACGCUUGCAUGAGAGGGAGCGGUACUGGGGUCAGCUGGAGCCCCCUACAGGCACAGAAAUGAAGUGCAGGAGGGGAGGGGCAGGGCGUGAAGGGGGUCCUUUCUCCAAACCGAGGGAAUUCAAAUUCUCACUCUGAAGGACUGUCCUGUCGACCCUAUAAAUGCUUCUGAAGACAUCGUACUGUACAAAUAUGCACUCUUCACCCAUAAUACACGUGUUGCAUGAUUGAUGCUGUAUAAUAUGUAUCACGAGCCCAGGAAAAAUAGCAUACGUCUUCUGUGUAAUUAAUAUUGAGCUAACCUCUAACUAUGUGUAUUAUAAAGUAACUAUGUUAACUUCUCUCAUGACUGUAAGUAACUCAGCAAUAGGCUUAAGAAAAACUACACCCAACUGCUACACAGACUGUACUGUACUAUACAUCUGGUGUUUGUUACUGUCUCAUCGAUGUAAUAUGGACCAGUCGGUGAUCCUUGAUUUUUAUUUUUCAAAUAUGUUGUGAAGAUGUUAUGUCAGUGAAAGACAGCCUAUCAUCCAUCAAGCACAUGAGAUAGACAUUUCCUAGACUACAAGGGAAUACGUGUCUAAAUAUUACAGUGUAUUUUGUGAGUGUGAAACUAGACUCAGAUGCUGGAUCCUCUCUAUCAAGUUCUCUGGCAGGAAAGAGAUCGUUUCAUUUAGAUGUGGGACUUUGCUUGAAUAAAAACAUAACAGUAAAAAUAAUAAUAAUUUUAAAAAAAAUUUAAAAACCGCCCAGCUGCAAUUCAUUUGCCGUACAGUUUUUCCAAAUCAGCUUGGCUCCGACUCUCAGAUCCUUGUCAGUCUUAAUUCUACAGAACGGUGUUCUGACACCGACUCGAGACAGAAGCUCUCUUUCCAUGUUCAGUUCCUUUUCAGAUCUUUCGCUUUCUAAAAGCCAAGUCUAGAUCACGCACAGCUGGUUUUUACCUCGUUUGUGUCACAGUAACACAAUGUAGCAGGAAUAUCCAGACGGACAGCCGCUCAAAAUGAUUCCUGUUAAAACAUAGGAAGAGAGACGGUCUCCUAUAUAAUAUAUAGCAACAUCAAAAAUCAUCGUGCACUCAAUGCACAUCUGACCUGUCGCAAUUAACUCUCCUCCAUUUAGUACAUAGUAGUUUUUACUGUUGUGUUUUUUUUACAAGCAUGCUGUGAAAUGUCUUCAAAGAGAAGGCAUUCUAUAGCGAUGCUACAGUAGAAGCGGUCCUCCUAUUGAAAUGUGUAGCCUCUGCUCUGGAUGAAUUGUACUGAUUCUGUCACAUCUCACGUGUGUCUACGGCAAUACAGUUAAUACCGUGUGUUCUGUCGGCAUGUCUUUCUGCUGGAAAACCAAUAAAGAUAUUUACAUUGUCAUUGCAUCUGA